AUGGGAGAAUAUGCUAAAACCUCUUCGAUUGAAGACAUAAUUAGACCUAUUAAGAAAGCCCCUCAAAUUCGUAGCGAUCAUGAUAUAUUUUUGAUUUAAGAAGUCACUAAAGAUAUCCCUUUCUUUUAAAAGUAUAUCUUGGAAGGAAAAGAAGAUGUCCACUAAAAGAGUUGUAAACAUAUGACAUACGAGAGAUUUAACAGUGGUGACAUGGUUUUUUCUCAAGGCGAUAGAGGAUCAAAAUUUUACAUUAUUCUUGAAGGCUUAGUUGGAAUUUAUAUUAAGAUUAAGAAUGAGCAAAAAAAAGUAAAAGAGCUAAGUCGUGGUGAAAGUUUUGGUGAGUUGGCUCUUAUAAAUGAUGCACCUAGAAGUGCUAGUAUUAAAUGCAUUGUAGAUUGCCACUUUGCUGUAUUAGAUAAGAAGAACUACAUCACGCUAUUUUAGUAGAUACUUGAUAAUGAAAUUAAAAAAGAAAUAUCUUUCUAUCCAGAAAUAGAAUUGUUUUCUAAUUGGAAUUAUAACAAGAUGAAAUCAUUUUAUAAUCACUCUUUCAGAAUCAAAGUAAAAAAAGGUGAUACAAUAAUAUCAGAAUCCGACAAUAUAGAUGCAAUUUACAUUAUUGCUUCAGGUGAAUUCGUGGUUAAAAAGAAAAUUAAUAACGACACUGAAAAGUUUCAGUAAACAGAAGAUCUCCAUUAAUUAAAGAGAUAAAAUUAUCUUUCACCCAGCAUGGCUAAUAAAAGACUGUUUAUUAUGAGUAAAUACGAAAUAUUUGGACAAGAAAACGCAGAAGAUGAAGAGCCAAAAUUUUAUUAUACAGUUGAGUGUCAUUCUUUUGAAGGGAAUUUGAUUUACAUAAAGAGCUAAGACUAUAUGAAGAUUAUUAUGAAAGAUGAAUCAUAAAAAGAAUACAUGCAAAGCUACAGCCAGCGUAGGAUAUAGAGAGUAUAAAAUAGAAUGAAGGAAAUUUCUCAAGCACUAAAUUUAUAAUAAAGUGAUGAGGCUACUGUUCCUUUUAAGAGAAACAAAUCUCAACAAAGAACUUUAAUUGUAAUUCCUUCAGAAAAUGUUGAAGGUGAAGUUAACGGCUUGUUGGAUAUAGACGUUAAAAGAUCAGUGAAGAAAAGAUUGACUUGUAUUGAUGCAUUAGGUGAUUAAAAUAGAAUCAGCAAAGAAAAUAAUAAUGCGCUUGCUUUUCUUUCUACAGAUGCUGAAGAUUCCACCCCAGGCUCUAAUCUACUGAAUAAUUUUAAAAGUAAUAACAAUAAUAACGGAAGUUUAUCUGUUUAGAUAAACUAAAAUAUGAGAAGAUCUGCAUCUGAAAUUGGAAAGGAAAUAAUCUCUUCAAGAUUUUAAAAGAUAAAUAUAGAAGGAGCUAAUUCAUAAACUUUUCUAAAAUGCAAAACAAAAAAUUUAGAUUCCUAAUCAAUUUGCUUCAGUCCUCAAACUCAUAAUGACACCCCUAAUCACAAAUUAGAUGAUGAAUCUUAUUUAAAAGUUAACACUCCUUAAUCUGUUAGCUCUGCCAACUAAAGUUUCUCUCCUUAAGUUAAAAAAAGCCAUUCUAUAGUGCAUAUUAAGAAAAAUGGAAACUUAUCAAAUUUUGGCGAGAUUUUCUCACCAGUCAAGACUACAGGAACAAAAGUGAUAGUUUCUUAAAUAAAUACUCUAAACUCCAUAAAUAUGAUUGAUGACGAUGAAACUUAAAAUAUAACAUCAACAAAGGAUAUCAAAGAAAGUUCUAAUAAUAUUUAAAAGACUAACUUAAAUUAACUAAAAAGUUAGUAAACUAAUAAUUUUAAACAGCAAAUGCGAUCUUCUUCAUAAGUCUUAAUAAGUUCUAGAAACUAAAAUCAUGGGGAAUCUAUGAUAGAUGAUGAUGAUCAAUGCUUUAACUAAUAAAACCUGAUUAAAAAAACUUUAAAUAAUAUAGUAAUUAACAGUUAAAAGUAAAUCAAUCAUGAUGAAACUAUUUAAAAAAAUUUUAAGAAACAAGCUUCUUGUAUAGAAUUAUAAGAUUAGGAUUACGACUAGCUUCACCCGCUAGUCAAAGGAUUCCACGAACAAUUAAAAGUUAGGUUUUAUAAUAAAUUUAAAAAUGGUUCUAUAGAAGACUUAAAAUCUCACAUGUCUUACGCUCCUAUUCAGACACUUUAACCUGAUAAGCUUAACCCUGAAAUCAUUAAGAAUGGAGUUCGCCCAGCUAUAUUCCUCAAUAAAAAAAGCAAAGAGAUAAAAUCAAAGGAAAUUCGUGAAUAUGAAUAAAAACUAAAAUAACUAAUAAAAUCAGAUUGCUAAAUUGAAUUAGAAAGUAUAUCCCCAUUGAAAACGAAAGAUGAUAAGCUAUAAAGACUAAAAAUUGAAAAUAACUCUCCUUUAUCCGCAAAAGAAGCUAAAAAAUCUAUUGCCAAAAAGAGUUUAAUUAAUAUUUUUUAAACAACUAUAUAAAAUAAUAACAGCAAUAGUAAUUAGACGCAGGUUGUUGGAGGGUAAUUCUUAAAGAAUCUCUUGAAGAGUGAAAAUUAUAGUCCUGAAAAAAUUAUAAAUUAUGGUCAUACAAGAAUAGCUAGCUUUGAUGUUGGCAUGAAUAAUUAUUAGAAGCCUUUUUAUUCACCAUUUGCAUCAACUCAAAAUACUAACCAUGCAGAAAAAUCUAUAAAUUAAAUUCAUUUAUUACCAAAUAUUGAGAAACCAAAGACUCUUAAAAAUUCUAGUUUUCUUGUCAAAACAUUUGAUAUUCAUAACAACUCCUAAGGUAACUCAUCAUCAAAAUAGUAACAUAACGAGGGAAUCUAAAACUAAAUAUAAACAUUAAAAAACCCUAAAUAAAAUCAUAAUUUUUCAUAAAUUUAAAUAAACAAUACUCACAGAUAAUCAUAGGCGUCACCAAAAUAAAUUAAUAGCCUAAGCAGCCUUGAUCUAAAGAAUUAUACAUUCUUUAUGAGCAACAAAGUUGGAUUUAAAGGCUAAAAAGGAUUCAACUGUUCUCAAUUUAAUCUUAGAAAAGACAAAUCUUCAUAUUACAAUUCUUGA